GAGCAGUACGUCUUCAUCCACGACGCCAUCUUGGAGGCGUGUCUCUGCGGCGACACCGCCAUCCCGGCCAAUCAGCUGCGCUCUGUGUACUACGAGAUGAACCGAUUGGACCCUCAGACCAACUCCAGCCAGAUCAAAGAGGAGUUCAGGACGCUGAACAUGGUGACGCCCACGCUGCGGGUCGAGGACUGCAGCAUCGCUCUGCUGCCGAGGAACCACGAGAAGAACCGCUGCAUGGACGUCCUUCCUCCAGACCGCUGCCUCCCCUUCCUCAUCACCAUCGACGGGGAAAGCUCCAACUACAUCAACGCUGCUCUCAUGGACGUAC